AUGUCUCGCAUCCGCCCCGAGGAGGGCUGGGUGGGUAUUGCUUCGGUGGUUUGGGUGACGCUUAUUUCUCUCUAUCAAGUCGUGCAGAAUCGGGUGGUUGUGUGGGGGAAGAGGAAGGAGGAGGAACGUCUGAUGGGUCAGACUAUUCUGUUGGCUGUUAUGGCAGUCGCUGCCGUGUUGUUCACAGCUACGCUUAUCCUACGCGCUUUUAAUGCUGGGUUGGAGCCUCGCGGUGAAAGGUAUUUGGUGAACGGGGACUCAUACCAGGUUCAUCUCACUUGUGUGGGGAAUAAGAGUGAGAACUCCAAUUCUCCGACGAUUCUUCUCGAGGGCGGUCAUAGCCCUGUCGAGCACACCCUGCAGCCUUUUAUCGACGAUGUGUCUAUAAUAGGGGAUCGAUCAGCUGAUACUACUAUUGGGAUUGGUCAGGACUCGGGUGGUCUGAUAACGCUCCCUCGCCUUAUUCCGUGGGGAUGUCGGCAGAUAUACUUACAGAGGCUUUGGCUCUUUCGCAACCUUCUAGAAGCCCGCGGCAUUUUUAUGAUUGACCCGCUUUACGAGGAAUAUCUAGGCGACCUCGGCCGCCCUGGUCGCGGCUUCUUGCUUUGGCUCCGUGGUAUCGUCGGGAUCCACGGAUUGAUCUAA